AUGGGAGAUUUCCUAAUUGCCUAUGGCUCACAAACUGGUCAAGCCGAGACGAUCGCUAAGAGUGUAAAGGAAAAAUCAGAGUUGAUCGGACUAGCUCCACGCCUAUUCACACUCGAUGAAAAUGAGAAAAAAUUCAAUCUAAACGAGGAGAAGCUCUGUGUCAUCAUCGUUUCAUCGACUGGCGACGGUGACGCUCCGGAUAACGCCGCCCGUUUCGUUCGCCGAAUCAAUCGCCGGACUCUUCCGGAAGAUUUUUUGAAAUCGCUGGAAUUUGUAGUUCUAGGUCUCGGCGAUUCGAACUACUCGUCGUAUCAGUUGAUCCCUCGAAAAAUCGAUAAACAAUUGGCGAAUUUGGGCGCCAAACGACUUUUUGAAUACGGUGAGGCUGAUGAUCAAGUUGGACUAGAACUCGUCGUCGAGCCAUGGAUCGAUCGACUUUUCAAAACUUUGGGCGCGAAAUUUGAAAUUGCCGCCGAACGCAUGAAUGCGAUCACCGAAUCGCCGAAUAUCAAGCUGAAUCAAGUGAAGAGCGAGGAGGAAAAGAAGGCGUUACUCGAGAAACGUCUUCACGACGAGGAAUCAGAUGACGAGGGAAAAGGAGGCGUUCAGGGCGUCGAAAUGUUGAUUCCGCAACAUUUCGAUUAUCCUGAAAUUUCGCUUUUGAAAGGUUCAGCAACCCUUUCGGCCGAUGAGAACCUUCGUGUGCCGAUCGCUCCACAACCAUUCAUCGUCUCAUCGGUUUCACAUAAGAAACUUCCGGUAGCUUUGAAAUUAGAAUGGCAAAACGCGUGCAAAAUGCCCGGAGUAGUCACCAAACCAUUCGAAGUGCUCGUGGUCGCCGCUGGCUUCGUUACGGACCCAUUUUCCAAGAAAAUCAAGACCAAACGAAUGAUUACUGUCGAUUUUGGAGACCACGCCCCCUCACUACAGUACGAACCAGGCGACGCCAUCUAUUUCUGUGUCCCCAACCCGGCGGCCGAAGUGAACUUCAUUCUGAAACGAUGCGGCGUUCUAUCGAUUGCCGAUCAGCAGUGCGAAUUAUCGAUUGAUCCGAAAACCGAGAAAAUCAAUGCCCAGAUUCCGGGACAUGUGCAUAAGACAACUACACUGCGACAUAUGUUCACCACUUGUUUGGACAUUCGUAGAUCGCCAGGAAGGCCCCUAAUCCGAGUUUUGGCUGAAAGUACCACCGACCCAUCUGAAAAACGACGUCUUCUGGAGUUGUGCAGUGCGCAGGGCAUGAAGGAUUUCACAGAUUUCGUGCGGACGCCCGGAGUGUCGCUAGCUGAUAUGCUUUUCGCUUUUCCGAAUGUCAAACCACCGGUGGAUCGGCUUAUUGAACUCCUCCCGCGGCUCAUCCCCCGCCCCUACAGUAUGUCAUCAUACGAGAACCGCCGCGCUCGUUUGAUCUACUCGGAAAUGGAGUUCUCGGCAACCGACGGCCGACGUCACCCAAGAAAGGGACUGGCCACCGACUGGCUGAAUUCGCUGAAAAUCGGGGAUACUGUAGAAGUUCUGGGAAAAGAGCCCGCCCGUUUCCGUCUUCCGCCACUUGGAAUGCCCAAAAAUAGCGCUGGAGCCCUGUCGCUGCUCAUGAUUGGACCUGGAACGGGUGUCUCUGUGUUCUUGUCGUUUUUGCACUUUUUGAGAAAACUCAAAAUCGACUCGCCGGCGGACUUCAAAGAAGACGUGCCACGUAUUCUAUUCUUCGGAUGCCGUGAUGCUACGGUGGAUUCGAUUUAUAUGAACGAAUUGGAGCAAUUCCUGGCCGAAGGCAUUCUCAGCGACCUCAUCGUCUGUGAGAGUGAGCAGAAAGGCGAACGAGUACAGGAUGGCCUAAGAAAACACCUGGAAAAAGUUCGGCCAUUCCUCGAGCCGUCGGAAAACGCGAAAAUUUUCAUUUGUGGCGACGCGAAGGGCAUGUCGAAAGACGUUUGGCAGUGUUUCGCUGAUAUUGUUGCAGGCGAUCGAGAAAUCGCCGAUUUGGACGCCAAGAAGAAGCUGAUGGAUCUCAAGAAAACGGAUCAGUACAUUGAGGAUGUCUGGGGAUAA